UCAGUUUUGUAUUGUUCUAUAACAAAUUUUGGGUCCAAUAAUGAAUUCUGUGAAAUUUGAAGACACUUCCUUACAGAGAGUGUUAAAUAUGUCUUAAGAAAAUAAUUGGAGUAAUUGAGUUCUUAAGUGGCUCACCUAUCGGACAUAUUAAUCGCUCGAAAAUUGUAUUUUAUUUGAUGAAUUUUCGAUUCAAAUAUAAACUAGAUGCUUAAUAUUUCGACCACAGCGCCACCUAUCGACUAGGUUAUUGUUGGAUUAUAUAUGAAAUUAUAUUAGCUGACUAUUUUUUUUGCAAAUUAAGGGUUUUUCAAUAAGAGCGUUACAAAUGUCCUGUGAUGCCAUGGUAUGUAUAUGUCCCUUCAAUGCUAUGAUAUGUAUGGAACUCGCAUUUUGCAUGGCCACCACGGGUACGCUUGCAGAAGUUCAGACGCUGAACCCAAAUUUCGACGGUUUUCAAGCAUAAAUCGGCCGAUUCAAUCAUCACUGGCUUGUUGGCAUAGACCAUAAACUUGACGUAGCCCCACAGGAAAUAGUCUAACGGCUUCAAAUCGCAUGACCUAGGCGGUGAAUUGACUGAGGCAUAUCGUGAGACAACGACGACAAUUUUGGUGGUCAAGCGGCUUCAGUUCUUGCGUCAAUUUAAUCUUGUGGGGAUGUAGACCAAGAUCUUUUCGCAAAAACGCUACAACGUCGUCACAGAGAUGCCCAACGCUUGAGAACGACGUGUGAGAGACUGAUUUGGGUCUUUCCCAAUUAAUACGCUAGGGGCAGCAAUAUUCUCGACACAACGGACACUUCUUUGUCUCACUGACACCGGAGCAUUUUGUAUUGGAUGAUUAUGACGACAAUAAAGUGGUCUUAGUAUAUCUUUUCAUGAUUAAAUGGCAAACCUCACUGAAGAGAAAUGCCAACAGAGCAGGAAAAAAUAUGGCGUCGUUUGCUGUCCCUAUCGGUUUACGUUUGCAGCGUCUAUAUUGUAAAACCUUUUAUCUAGACCUCAGCGCCUCCAUAACAAAUCACUUCUUAUAUAAAAAUCAUAAGACAAUCUUUCAGGAGAUAUGGAAAUGUUUUUGAUCAGUUCAACUCAUCUGAAAACUAACAUUUUUCAUAUAAAUACUCUUAUAUACACUAUCUGUGUAUACAGUGGACUUGAUCUGUUUAUACAUAUACACUUGACAUGAAGAAUUAUUGUUGUUUGCAUAGUCGCAGAAAAUAUACCAAAGUUGAGGCAGUUUUUAAUUUUGUUUUGAUGAUAUUUCGCUAUUUUCCAGAUUAGUAAUAAAUAUAUUUUCCGACAAUUUAAGUAUAUAAUAUAUUUGCUAUAAUUCAAAUGCACUUAAAGAACUGCGCUCGUGCAAAGUGCUGGCUUUUCAACGAAUCAACGAAAAUCAGAAAUUUCUGCACAAUCAAAAAUAGAAAGAAAGCAAAUUUAAAAGCAUUCCGUACUUAUUUCACAUUAAAGAGAGCUCAUUUAUGGGUAUGUAUGUAUGUACAUGAAUAUGUCUAUAUGUGAAAGUACAGAAAUAAUAAUGAAAGCGUAUUUGGUAAACAACACUUAAAGUAUCAUUGCGCUGAUUAAUCAGCACAAAUCUAUACUAUAACAGAGUAAAUAGAUUAUAUGCGAUUAAAUUUUAAGAUUUUGCGCGAAUUUUCUGUUGCUAUUGCUAUUUUUCAUCUGUAGCAAACUACAGUUGCGUGAAGAAAAUUAAGCGAAAGCCUGCUGCUUGAUUAAAUAAUGAGAAUGUGAGCAUAAAAAUUAAAAAAAAAAUAAUAAUAUGAAAAAAUAAACAAAAGCCAAAUGCCAAUGUGAAUUAAAAAUUAUCGACGAGUUAAUAAUUGAAAAAAAAAAUCGCAAAAAAUAAUUAAAAAAUAAAUAAACUCGACACAGUGUUAAUGCAAAGUAUAAUUGGUGCAAUCAGUCGGAAAUUUAUAAUCAGCAAAAAAAUAAAUGAAAUAUUUAACACACACACACGCAGCAGUUGAGUUCGUUCAAUAAAUACAUAUAUAUAUUUUUUAAUAUUACCGUUAAUCAUAACAAAUAGCAAAUCGUACAAUAUACAAAUAUGAAAAGCAGAAAUUGUAAAAUCUAAAAAUAAUAAAAACAACAAAAAAAAGAACGCAACUAAUCCGACAACGCUUGAAAUACCACGCAAGGAUAAUUGAAGGAUAACACUGUUGCUGUUGUACGCUUUCGUCGGAAAUUAGCGGUCGCUGCACACCUUCGGUCUUCAUUGUUGCUUAAAGCAGCCGAUCGCCAUUUUUGAGUGCGUAACACACAACACAGCCUCCAACAGCAUAUAGCAUUUCUCAUUCAUCAGCCAUCCCGAGCAUCAAACUCAAUAGUAGUCUCCUCAUCGUUCUUUGUCUGUGUUUGUGUUGUUGUUUGAGCGCUUGAAUGCCGCCGCGGCCUUUUGUUUUCCCCCCUCAUAUUUACAUAUAAAUAAGUACAACAACAGCAACAAAAUGCUAUUUUACUUCGUUGCCGCGCGGUUCAAUGUGGAUUUUGAGUGAAUAAAAGAAAAGGCUUAUGCCAAAACAACUACAACUACAGCAACAACAAUUGCUAUAACAAACAACAACAUUUGAAUUGCGUAAUAAAUGCGUUGAGUGUGGAUUAGAAAUAAAAGAUAUUUUCGAAAUCAGUUUGCUUAAUUUCGUCUGUCAGUGAACGCAGUUAUUCGAUGAAAACAUGUCUAUUUAGAAAUGGCAAAAAUUACACGACGUGCCGUUGCCUCGUCGUCGGUAGCAUCAACAACAAAAACCACAACAACAGACACUUCAAGGUCAUCUCGAGCAACGAGUUCUUCCACUUCAAAGGCUUCCAAAUCAACUGCUACGGCAAGCGCAACAAUAAAAACCACAACGAAUGCCAAUAUCAUUAUCUAUGGCGGUAAGCCAGCACGUUCGCCCGCAACGGAUUUGUCGGACAAACUGGCAAUGCCACUCACUGCAUUUAAUGACACUCCUCCAUUACGCAGUAACGGCACUAUAUCCAAUAAACAGUUUACAACUAACGGGAAUAGCGCCUUACCCGCCGUCACGAAUACAACGACUGGUAGCGCUUCCGUAUUCGCCGGCACCAAUGGGCGACACAGAAUCUUCACGGGCAGUGGACGACACAAUAAGAGUCAGGCGGAGCGUAGAAUUGAACAGGAAGAAUUCUAUGCGACUUAUGACGUGAUGACUGGUGUGCGAAUUGCCGCAACGCUUAGCGGCUUCUUCGGCUUAAUGGUGUUCCUUAUUGUGUAUAAGAGUCGCAGUAGUUCCAAUGAGACGAUGAAAGUGUUAAAGGAUCCCAAAAUGGCUGCUGUGGCCGCUGUUUGUAUGCAGGAGGAGGAGGAACGUGAAAUCCAAGAGGCAAUGGUGGCAACUGGCAUGUCGAUAUAUCCGGAUGAAUAUGAUGCGAUUCUCUAUCGGCGACAACGAAUGUUAUCAUUGGGUAAUGUUAGCGCACCACCCAUGCUAAAUCGAGGAUAUCGCUUCUCGUCAGUGGAUAUUCCUGCUUUUGAAACUACAGGCGGUGGUGGCUACAGCAGUUUGCUGGAGCCACCUAGGCGUUUUUCCUAUUCGGCAACUUCGGGAGUGGGCAGCUUUACGGGGGGCCGACGAAAAAGUGGCUCAGAGUCCUCGCGUAUACUGAGUAACUAUCCUAUGGGCAGCAGUUUCGGCAACGAUGAUUACUUUAUUGAGACAGAGGAUGAAUUGGAAUGCACCGACUAUCCGCGUAGUGGGACACAUCUCGACGAACUGUCAGAUAUGCCACAACGCACUGAUUCAACGAAAAGUAAACGUGGAUUUCUGGAGGUACCACCUGCGGGUCAAGAUUCGCGUCGUAGCAGCGCAAUGACAUGUUGCAGUACUGAAAGCUCUUAUUUGGAGCGACGCUGUUCGGCGUUCACCUUAGGUUUGGGCAAUCUGCCGCCGACACUUCAACGAAAACUAUCGUCAGCAUCACGUGCAUCGAGUACCGACAAUUGGGACUACUAUUACCCCGAUAUACAGGUCAUACAGCCAACACCGAAACCAUCACCUUGUCCAUCGGAGCGUAGUCUUUAUGAGCAACUGCAGGCGCACGCUAAUGGUGCUACAACUUCGAGCGCUAAGGUGUCUGGCAAAGGCACAGAAGCACUGCCAGAGAAUCUACCCGUAGCCACCAUCACAACACAAAGUAAGACUGGCACAACCAACACUGUGGUUACUGGCGAAACGAGAGGCACGAAUGCGCCAACAGACGCGCAGAAAUUUGUGCGUAAGCACAGUAUAGCCUAUUAUGAUCCGGAGAGCGCACAGGCUGGACGCAAGCAGGAAAUACACUCGAUAAGCGCCGAUACAGUGGACAUAUAUCCUUACAAUCAAAGCCAUUACGAAACGUGUGGUACGCUUGGUGCCAGUGAUGCUGCUAAUACCGUACACAAGUCACCUCUACAAGCUGCGCCAGCAACAAGCACACAGUACGGGUUUCAUUACACUGAUUCGCCAACAGAAGAUUCACGCGGUAGUCUGCGCGGCAAGGUGACGGUAGUUGAACUGCAACGUCUCACCUAUCCAACGGAACAGAUGACGCCGCCGCCCAUACCAGAGCACAAUAAUAAUAAUUUUUCAUAUUCCGGUACCGCUGCGGCCAUAGCGGCUGCUGCCGUUGUUACCGCCAACUCCAGUAGCAUUAGCAUCGAUAGCACGCCCAUAAGUUUGGAUCGACUGAAUGGCAGUGGCAGUCUGGGCACCAUAUCAGCGAAAGCACUUUUCAAUGUAGAAAAGCGAGCACCGCUCGCCUCGCUUAGUUCCUUUAAAAUCUCGUCAUUAGAGUAUCAAGACUCGGAGGCGCGUUCCGUUGACGAGGACUCAGUAUUCCUGGAUAGUGUGGCCGACACCGAUGAGGAUAUGCAACAGCUGAGCAGUGACAGCGAUGAGGUCAGCUUUGGGGCACAUGAUCCGACGAGCAUGCGUGAGAAUGUAGCGCUGGUUGUAACACAAGAUUCGGCUGUUGGCAAAAAUGCUGACGCCGACGAAACAGUGCAUAUACGUCCGCAGCCACUCAAGUAUCCCAUCGAAAAACGUUAUAGUCUGGGCGCUGCUUGCAAUGCCAGUGUCGCCGGCUCGAAACUAUCACGCGCACGACGUCCACUAUUGCAACGUCAUCGCACAAUUAGCGUUUCUUCCAGUGAUCGUGUAGCUUUAAUCGGUCAUCAACUGAAAGAGUUCCAUCACACUGGCAGUGGCAGUCAAACACCGACAACCAUCGCUGAAUCAGUGCCACUAGAGACUCAUUUUGGUUCGAUUAUUUGCACGAGUAGUUCACCGACACAUCCGCGACGCGCACAAUUGCUGCAACAGUAUAGCGAUCCACAAAGUCUGCCGACGACCACAACAACGACAGCCACAACGGAAGAUGACACCUGCUCCACGCUGAAUACAGAACUCUGUGGUGGUGGUAAUGCUGGCGGACAAGGACCGAGCGGUAGUGGUAGUGGCAGUGGAGGUGGUGGCGGCACCGGCGGUGGCGGUGGUUCAGCGACACUAACACAAAAUAGCAGCUUAAAUACGGUCGUCAGUUUUGGCCGUUCGAGUCCGCUCACGGACAAUAACAAAACGAGUUGUAGUCUUAGUGCUGGCACAAGCGCUAACGCUAACCAGUACUAUGCUGCAGAAACACAAAAGGCUUCGAAAAAUCAAACGAACAAAACACAACCACAACUGCCAUGCUCCAGACUCUAUGAAGACCCUUGUGCCUCCUCGGUCUCCGACUCGUUAAUCAUCACUACAACAACGCGACAGCCAAUUAUUUGCAUGCCAGCAUCGUUGAAAAACCUCAUCCUACGCGGUUCCGGUUCCGGUGCCGGCUCUACUACAAUCGCUGAUAAGACAGUAGAUUCGCCCAGUCUCUUGGUGAGCCGAAGUGCUACCAAUUUGAGCGCGUCGCAUCCAAAUGCGCGUGAUAGUGAAGAUAGAUCAUGUCGUUCUGUUUUAUUGGAACUGCCGCUAAUAAAGUUACCUACCGAUGAGAGCUCAGAAAGUUCGUCAACGUCGGAGGAGAAUGCACAACGUGCGCAUAGUAAAAGCGAAGGAUCACACGAACCCAGUCUGACAAGAAGCAAUCGGAAAUGGUCAAAGGAAACACUGUUCUAGCUAGGAACCAACACAAGACGUACCGGCUACAAAAUGGGUUGAACGUGACGAGCUCAAAGCGAUUACGCAUAUGGUACUCACAGUAUAAAGAAAGAGAGAGAGAGAGAAGAAGCAAAAUUGAUAGUAAAAUAGUGCAGAUUAGGCGUAUAAUAGACUGCAGUUUCGGAUAGUGUACAGCAACGCUGCUGGAUCCACGUUGAGCUCUACGACUGCCCCGCUAAGGAAUUGCAUUUGCUGUUGUGUGACACAAAGGUGGGCACAAUAACUUUUUACAGGAGCUUAGUAUGUAUCAGAUUUUGCAAAAACCAAAAAAAUAAGGAACCAAAACAACAAAAAAAAAACGAAAAACAACUAUAAUGAACUAUAACUGUAAACUAAGAAAUUUAGCAUAAAAAUUAUGUAAAUGAAAAUAUUUAUAUUUUUAAGUGAAAAAAAUACAAAUCACAAUACGGAAACGGGUGAACUUAAUAGCAUUUCGUGAGUAAUUUAUGCGAUUCAAAUUGUUACGAGUAUUUGUUAGUAAAAUAACUCCAUACAAACAUACAGACAUUAUGAAAUUAUUGAAAACAGAAUAUCACUUUCAUAAAUAUAUACACAGACAUUUAGCAAUUCAUAAGCUUUAAAAUUUACUUUAGAUUGUGGUGGAGAAUAGCAAAGCGAGUGUGUAGACUUCGAACUCAGAAAUGGCAUAUAUAAUGAACUUGAAAUGGCCUUAACUUUCUUCCUUAGUUACAGUUAAUAAAAUUUUGAAAGAAUACAGUGGUGAACAUAUUAAUGUAAAAUCCUUUUUUUAGUUGUUUGGCUUUGGAUGAAAUGUUUUAGUUAAAAAUGAAAUAAUUUAAUUCAAUAUUUGUUAUGAGGAUCGUGUAAUUCGGAUUAACUACCAUAUAAGAAAGAGGUUCUCAAUAAGUUUGGGUCGAAACGGCAAAAAACACCACGAACUCUGCCAGUGUCACCAGUUUGAAUGAACACAACCUCAUAAAACCGACUGAACCUUGACAACGUUGUAGAUUAAGUGAAUUAGAGGGGUACCAUUUCGUAGACUUUAGGACAUCACGACAUAAAGUGGUGUGUUACAGGACCUUCCGUCAGAAGAUAUUAACAAUACAAGUUAUCUCUUCAAGAAGAAAAUAUUUUCUCGAAAUUCAUUGAAUAGCGACUGCCGUUAAAAAUGGUCCGACUAACCUUUCUAAUAGCAGAAGAGUUCUUAUUUUUGUAGAAAAGUAAUACAACGCCUAAAUUCUACUGAAAAUACUAUUGGAGUUGUUGUUGUAUCCAGAGAAAACAUUCACGAAAUAAUUCUGAACAAUUUUGUGGAUUAGACCUUCACCGUAUAAAAUGCGGUCCGUUCGAGGUGCCUAGAUCCGACUGACGUUGGAACAGUAACUAAACAACAGCUAAGCUCAGCUAUCAGUCCUUGAUCGACUAUACUUCCAGGUCUGUGUUGGACCAAAGCUUAUAUCCCAACAAUAUAAGAACUUCAACUGAUUUUGUAUACAGAUUAAGAGUGUGACCGCCACAGAGUUUUUAAGUAGAUUCCAGGACGUUUCAAACUUUAAAGGUUACAAGUCAUAACAGACGGGCAAAUGUGAAUCUUCACAAAGCCAAUGUCUAGGAAUACACAACUGAAGCCUUUGUUUGUCUAAUAGGAGAGGUCUUCGGCAUAUUUUCAAGAUUUAACUUUUUUGUCGACUUGUCCAAGUAAGAAACUUAAAUGAGUGGUGCGUAGCGGUUACCAAAAACUGCCUGAACCGGCAAGCCUAAAUUAAUUGUCAUCGAAGUCAUAUUACGGAAGGUCCAGGAAACAGGCUAUUUCGACAGGGUCGGACCAAAGAGAAAGGAAUGUUAGAUGAGUGAGGUUUAGGUGGCGUGCAAAGAGGUGGUUAGUGUCAUGCGGCACAUAUAUGGAGCAUGUCGAGAUUCAGUCUGGAUAGGAAAGAGUUUAACCUGCUACAGUAUCCAGAACGAAGUUGCGCGAGAGUCAAUCUCGUUUCGCGAGACAACUCGAGCUCUGUGUCUGCGAUGUGUGGUGCGGUGGUCAACAGUUAAGGGUCCAUUGUAGAAAAUAUCUUCAUCGAAAAAUGUAAUUUCCACAACUUAAAUACUCUGAAUGAAAUGUAUCGAAGUAAAAGUUCUCAUAUCCUGUUCAUCAAACAAUCGAACACACAACUGGUAUAUUGUUAUACCACUUAAAUGAGGUAUCGUAUUCCAGUGAAUACCUUUACUGAUACUUCCACUCACAAUUUUUUUCCGAUCUCGACAAUUUUUUUAAAUGGGUACAUUUUUUAAACGAUUUGACUGAGUGAGAAUAUAAACAUUUAGAUUUUUUUGUCAGGAUAGUAACAUUUUUACAAAAUGAAAACCUAAUUCUUCUUUUCUGUAACAAUAUAUAAGAUAAAGUAGGUUUCUAACCUCAAAAACCAUUCAAGAUAUGGUCUGUUUCAUUAGCCGAAUCAACAAUAUUACAGUCUAAAGUGUAUCCGAGUGUAAAUAACUUUGUUGAGAAGAAGCCGAAGGAAUUAGAAAAUAUAAUUUUGCAAUACAAUUCAUCAAACGAAGCAUUAUUAACGAGUUUUUUUGCAUUUGGUUCUAAUAAAUUUACAUGGAUCAUAUAAUUAGUUAAAAUUUGUGUUAUCAUUAUGCUUUUGAUAUUUUCAUAAAAAAAUACUGAGUUCUCAUAAAAAACCAAAACAAACGAUCAUAAACCUAGUAAUAAGAAAUACUAUAAAAAUAAAACCAAAAGAAAAUGCAACAACUUUAGGGACUAUUAGUAUGUAGAAAGACUACUUCACUACUUAUACAUAUAAAUUCAAUAUUUGAUUUUCAGUUCAAUACUAUUACAACUACAACUACUUUAGCAAAAUAGAAUAAUAAAUGUGAGCAAAUGUUACAGAAAGCAUUAAGAAAACUAUUUCAAAAUAUUUAUUUAUAUGUACGAGUAUGUAUUUAAAUGUAGCAAGAAACGUGUGCCUAAAAAGUUGACAUACGCACAUUUUCGAAAGGUUUCAGUUUUAUUAAGUUUUUCCUAAGUUCCCGUUAAACGAAAAUCAAGCAUUUGUUGACUACAUAGAAAGGUGUUUAGUGUAAUAAAAUAAAAAAAAAAACAAUAAAUAAAAAAAAAAAUAAAAAUAUGUGUAUCAUAUGCGUAUAGAAACAAUUAGGACUUCUCUUCAUGCCUUCCUUCAAACCCACCCAAAGUGCAUAUACCUGAGAACAAAAAAAAAAAUAAAUAAAAACGAAGAAAACUAUAAAAUCAAUUAGAAAAAUAAAAUAAAUAAAAAAUACAGAUGUAUGUAAUUUUAGAUAAUUAAGUAAUUUGUAAGUAGAGCUUGCACGUAUGUAAACCAAAUUAUAAGAAAAUAGUAAAACAAAAUUGAAUAAAAGAAAGAAAAAAAAAUUGUUAAAAGAAAAACAUUUUUUAUAAACAAAAAAUAAAUAAUGAUUAUAAUAAAAUAAUAGCAAUAAAAAAAUAAUAAGAAAAAUAGUUGAAAAAAUCAUUUAAUAUAAAAUAACUGUAUAUACGAAGUAAAACACAAAGAGUAACUGAGUUUACAUGAAAAAUAUGUAGUUUACUGUGUUUGUUGUAUGUAUGUACUUCCGCGCCAAACCAACCAACCAAAUGACAUGCAUGACACACGUACACGCAUAUAUGUGUUAGUUAUAGACAUAAAUUAAUUAAUGUAUGUGAAUAUGUACUUCACUGUGUACUGUGUGUUAUAGAAAUACUAGUUAGUAUAAUUUAUACUUUGUAUAGACCUAUUCCUAGUUUAACCCACCAAACGAGUGGCGUGAACAAACAUACAUAUUUAUACUUUAUACAUACAUAUACACAUAUAUAUGUUUAUGUAUGUAUAUUAAAUACAAACAGUUAUAAACAUUAAUACUCAUGGAUAACUGUAAAAAAAUUUGUGAAACACUAUUUAGAUUUCGUACAAAAUCGUGCAAACAACUCUUGUAUUUUUCUAUAAAGUUGCAGAAUGCAGAGAAAAACCUUAUUUUAUACCUACAUACAGACAUACAUACAUUUUAAACA